AUGGACGAUAUAAUAUCAAUUGUGAAUCGCUUACAGGAUACCUUCAACACUAUCGGCGGUAAUUCAAUCGAUUUGCCUCAAAUCGCCGUCGUUGGAUCACAGUCUUCUGGUAAAUCGAGUGUAUUGGAGACUAUAGUUGGUAGAGACUUCCUUCCACGUGGAUCAGGAAUCGUUACACGCCGUCCACUCAUUCUCCAACUAAUACACACCAAUAAAUCUCAAGAUUACGCUGAAUUCCUUCACAUGGACAAGCGCUAUACUGACUUUGAAGAGGUCAGAAGCGAAAUCCAAUCUGAAACAUUUAGAGUUGCUGGUCAGAAUAAGGGCAUCUCAAAACUACCUAUAAACCUCAAAAUAUACUCCAAUAACGUCGUUAACUUGACUUUGGUCGACUUGCCGGGAUUAACAAAGAUCCCGGUUGGUGAUCAGCCAUCUGAUAUUGAGAGGCAAAUCAGACAACUCGUCCUAGAUUUCAUUCAAAAACCAAAUUGCGUCAUUCUCGCCGUCUCUCCCGCUAAUGUUGACCUCGCUAACUCUGACUCCCUUAAACUUGCCCGCUCUGUCGAUCCACAGGGCAGAAGAACUAUCGGCGUUCUCACAAAGCUCGAUUUGAUGGAUGCCGGCACACACGCUCUCGAUGUUCUCAACGGUCGCGUCUACCCGCUCAAGCUUGGUUUCAUUGGCGUCGUUAACCGCUCCCAACAAGACAUCAACUCCAAUUUAGACAUUGGUGAAGCGCGCAAACGUGAAGAGGAAUUCUUUGCCGAAUCACCUUCCUAUCGUAACAUUGCGCACAGAUGCGGUACAAAGUAUCUCGCAAAGACACUCAACAAUGUCCUCAUGGCGCAUAUCCGGGAAAAGUUACCUGACAUGAAGGCAAAAUUGAACACUUUGAUGGGUCAAACGCAGCAGGAGCUCAAUGCUUUUGGUGAUUCAACCUUUUUCGGCAAACCGCAUAGAGCCUCGCUGAUACUCAAGCUCAUGACACAAUUUGGUCGCGACUUUGUCUCAUCGGUUGACGGCACAUCGAGUGAAAUAUCAACCAAGGAGCUUGGUGGAGGUGCUAGAAUAUACUAUAUAUUCAAUGAUGUCUUCGGUCAAGCUCUCGAGUCUAUCAACCCCAACCACAACCUCAGUAAUCACGACAUUAGGACCGCAAUUCGCAACAGCACCGGCCCAAGACCUAGCCUGUUUGUACCAGAGGUAGCAUUUGAGCUGCUUGUGAAGCCGCAAAUUAAGCUCCUCGAACCUCCUUCUUUGCGCUGUGUUGAAUUGGUGUAUGAGGAAUUAAUGAAGAUGUGCCAUAACAGCUCAAAUGCUGAGCUCGCACGCUUCCCACGUCUCCAUGCACAACUUAUUGAGGUAGUUUCCGAUCUACUCAGAGAGAGACUCGGACCUACGGCGGAAUACGUUCAGUCACUCAUCGCAAUCCAGUCUGCGUACAUCAACACCAAUCAUCCAUCAUUUGCGCCCGGUACAGCGCAGUACGCAGCCGAGGCGCAGAAGGAGAAGCAAAAGCAACAGCAGCUCAAAUACGCAUCUAUGACAAGCAGUAUUGACGAGGAGAGGGAAAGGGAGAGUGAAGGGGAGCGUUCGAGUGGUGCAGUAGACGACAGCAUGGCGAUUGAAGCUAGACCUGGUAACAAUGCGCAGAAUGAUGCUCGUCAUCAAUCGCUUACGGCGCAACUUCUUAGUGGUGGUGGAGAGGAGAGUGCUUUUGGACAGUCGCAGUCACAAGGACAGUCGCAGUCACACCUCCAGUCUCAACCUCACACUCAAUCAAGGAGGAGACACGGUAUGCAGCACCCUCACGCACACACCCAUGCGCCAUCACAGAGUCAGACAGCGCGCGAUACAUUUCUCAACUACUUCUUCGGCGGUGCAGACGCCGCAAGCUCCGUAAGCAAUGGCGCAUCUAAUACACGCACACCCGUUAGAGAUGUGGACGGAGAGGCGCGUGAGCAGCGUAAUUACACUCACUCUCACACCCCCUCCAAAUCUCACACUAAUCCCCUCAACGGCCGCAGCGGACUUGAGGGCUCAGCUGCGGCUUAUGACAUGAAGAGUCUCGGCAGGCACCUCGAGCCUGUGCCCACUAUUGACGAGGGCGGCAGUGCUGUUUCCGAGAGAGAGGAUAUGGAGACGACUCUUAUUCGCAGCCUCAUUGCGUCAUAUUUCGCUAUCGUUAGGCAGUCGAUUGAGGACCUCGUACCUAAGGCUAUCAUGCAUCUCUUGGUGAAUUUCUCUAAAGAUCUCAUUCAAGAUAGGUUGGUUGCCUCGCUAUAUAAUCCUGAUAUAUUCGACGAGCUCCUCUACGAGGAUGAGAAUAUCGUGAAUGAACGCAACCGCGUUAAGAACCUCAUGGAUGCUUAUAAACAGGCUUUCACUGUCCUCGCUGAAGUUAAUAUGCCAAAGAGUGGCGCGGACAGUGUAAGCAGUACCACUAUGAACAGUACCGUGUAG